AUGUGUAUUUGUGUAUCGCAUUUCGAUGAACUAAUAACGUCAUUCGAUCCGAACAAGAAUAAAAAAUGUUAUACGUGUGUAUCAACUGCUCACAAUUCUUUGGAUCCGUCUACUUCAGCAUUACCACACACAAAAAUUAAAGAUCCUACGAAAAUUAAAGCGAGUAAGAGUGGACUUCGUAGAAUUGAUUUACGCCUUGCUCUAUUAAUUCAUGCGAAUUAUCCCGAAAUACACAGUUUCUAUGGCGAGUGGAUUUGUAGAGAGUGUGCUAAACGAUGGAAAGGACUGAUACCAUUCAUUGAUGAAUCUAGUGAAAGUGAGAAGGAUGAUGAGUACCGACCGGAGCCGGAUUUGCCGAUUUUAAGACGAGACGAAGAAGACGAAGGCGUUGAUCGUAGUCGAUAUAAAGAGCAGAAAACUGCUCUGUUAACAUUUCUACAAUUAUCUGGCAAGUUAUGUAAGGAGAUCCUCUUACAUAAGCAACCAAGUCAGAUAUCCUUAUAUAAGAUCCUACAUUGUAUCAUAUCUGCUUUGACACAUAUUAAAGACGUGCCCAUAAGAGACAAUUGUGUGAUAGGU